AUGAUUUUCAGAUACCUAACAAUGAGCACUUCAUCAGUUUCCACUCCAUCAAAUAUUUCAACUUCAUCAGUUCCAACUUCAACUAACUCAACUAAUUCUUCUGGAGUAUGGGAAGCGGCUCAAAAUUUCUUCAAAAAUGCUAAGAAAAGUGAGUUUUAGAUGUUUUUUUGAUUGAAAAUUUAAAAUUAUUGGUUUGAUAUUUUGUUGGAAAUUUUUAUUGUGAAAAAAUGUAAAAAAUGGAGUUCACAAGAUUCUUCAUAAUUUCAAUCAUCUAGAUUUUUAAAUUACAUGUAGCUAACAAAAAAUAAUUUUCAAAUUUAAUUGAAAAAAUUUCAGAAUCAUUCACAUUCCUCUCAACAUCUUCUCAACGUGUAAAACCAGCAAAAUCAUGCGAUGCUGAUUCCUUUUAUAUGUAUGGAUGUGGAUCAAUCAAUAUGCCAUGA